UGCCCUCCCAUAUUCCCCCCUCCUCUUAUCCCUCCCAGCUAUUCUCCCCAGAUACUUCCCAUCCUGUACUGGGCUUCUCCCUUUUUACCAUGUGAAAAUUACAUACUACAAUUCUUUAUUAUUUAUAUUAUCAAUAUCGUAUAUGAGUAACAUACUUCUACAAUUAUGCUAAUGAUAGAAUCUUUAGAUAUCUGAGAUUAAGAUUUGGUUUUUCUAUUUUAUCUUUAAUGUAAUUGAUAAAUGGUUUCCAGAUUUCAGUAAUUUUUUCUAAAUUCGUUCCUUUAAGUUCUUCAUAUUUCGUCGCUAAUCUGUAGUAUUGGAGUACUUUGAUUUGCCACUCCUCUCUACUGGGAAUUUAUGAGGUUUUCCAAUUUUUUGCAACUAGCAGCCUAGCAGUAGCAGCCGCCGCCAGUUACAACAGUUAAUUGUGGGCUUAACAACUAGCUGCUGAAUAUUAGGAAUAAUUUUUAAUAGACAUAUUGCCUCAGCUGUUACUGAGACAAAAUAAUAUAUUACACAUACCUAUGUCAGUUGCAACUACUUUUGUAUUCAUCGCUGGAAAAGGGAAAGCAUUUAUCUUUUUUAGUUGUCUCUUGGCUGAAAUCUACACACAUAUAGAAAAUACUAUGAAAAUGCUUUUUUAAAAAAAGUUUUGAAAAAUACAUUGAAUUUGGCAUAGCUCACUGUCGCCAUCUAGUUUCACAUUUGUAUAUUGCACUCUACAACACAUUUAAAAUGUUUUAUUUGCAGGGUGGUGCUGUUGGUUAAAUUACAGAGCCUAGGGCUUGCUGAUCAGAAGGUUGGCAGUUCGAAUCCCCGCAACGGGAUGAGCUCCCAUUGUUUGGUCCCAACUCCUGCCCACCUAGCAGUUCGAAAGCACGUCAAAGUGCAAGUAGAUAAAUAGGUACCGCUCCGGCGAGAAGGUAAACGGCGUUUCCGUCCGCUGCUCUGGUUCGCCAGAAGCGGCUUUGUCAUGCUGGCCGCAUGACCUGGAAGCUGUAUGCCGGCUCCCUCAGCCAAUAGAGUGAGAUGAGCGCCGCAGCCCCAGAGUCGGUCAUGACUGGACCUAAUGGCCAGGGGUCCCUUUACCUUUAUUUUUACCUUUACCUGAGUCUUGGUAGACUCUGCAGAGUCUGUUUGUAGGCUGGCACGUCUUCUGAGUUGUUUUUUUAUUGAUGUAGGUAAUAUCUGCCUUGUUUUUGACAUCUUGCUUGGUACUCAUGGGUGACCAGGAAAUUCAUGUAGGUGAAUGAACAGGUUGGUGGAGGAGGAGUGGGUUACUCGGUCUCUUUUCUGCCAAUCCACUUGGUUUCUCUGCGAGCCAGGCAGGAAGGAAAGCCUAUUCCUUCAUAACCACCAAAUAGGCUAGUGAAGGAGGAGCAGAUAUACCCUUCCUUCCUACAUGCCCUUUCACUUAGCAAGCUGGUUAAAAAAGCUGCCUUCUAAGAGUCUCAUAGCUUGCAUUUUCAUGGUGGCCACAGAAGAAGGGACUUUUCCUUCUCCAUGGCCGCUAUGGCAACACAGACUUCUGGCUUCUUAGUAAGCUGUGGUGGUGAGCUAAUUACUUUUGUUGGCUUAUUUUCAGUGAUGGCUAAUACUAGGUAAUCCCUCAGUUGGAGGAACCAGACUAGAUCCAAUCCAUUGGUUUUUGGUUUUUAUUAUUAUUAAAUUGUUAAUAUUGUGAGUGCAGAAUAACACAACUAUUAUGAGAGAGGGGAUGACAAUCAAGCUCUGUCCACACAUUCAGAGGGACAGAAUGUUAUGUUUAUGUAAUGCAACACAUGGGUAUAUGAAGAGGGGAAAUGGUUAUUACAUACAGGAAUGAGGAGAUACUGCAAACUAUUUAUUAACAUUUUGUCUCUUUCCAGCAAUGGACUCCAACUGAAAAAUUCUCUUGUAGAGAUAUCACCCUAAACUUAGAGGCUAUAUCUGAUACCAAAGUGCCCCUUACAUUGAUAUUUAAUUAGACACCUACCUCCUCCUUUGUAUUAUAACUACUGUACUGAGAGUCACUGGUAGAAAUUAAAAAACAGGAUACAAGAAAUGGAGUAUUACUUUGUUGAAACUUUGAUUUUGCAAAAUUGGAACUCCUUGGUUCUCAGGACAGCUCCUUGCCUCCAGAAUAUGACUGACUUGCUUAACAAUGGAAAAGAGUGGUUGGGUGAAGCAUCUCUGUUUACAUAACUUUCUCUUCUUAGGCACAUAGUUUCAGUACAUCUACAUUUAUCAACUCCAGUUGUUCCAGAAUUCUAGAUUUUGUGUGCACUUGGACAAACAGAAAAAACAUUCUUGAGGGACAGCACAGCUUAUUAACAAGCAUUAGAACAAAGUAACUCUUUGUUUUUCAGUGCUGCGUGUUUCUAAAAAUAUCACCAGCUUAAGUUUUGCCAAUUCACGCCCUCAUGCCUCAUACAGCCAAUUAAUUUUAAUGCAGUAACACAUAAAGAAAGAAAUUUUCCUAGUCCUGUUUAACCGGUUCAGAGAGAGAACGUAAACAUAGCACUAAUUUCUUGUGAAGUAUGUACUCAAGAGUUCCAAUUUUGCAUAUGACCCAAGGUCAGUACUAAUUGUGCAUUCAUGCUUUCUCAAGAAUGUCCCAUGACCCCGUGUGAAAUUAUAUACAGCUCCAAAAAAAUUUCCACUAGAAAUUUCCCAGAACUAUGACCAUGAUUCAUUGGCUCUUUCAUUGAAAUUAAUAGCAGAAUCCCAUGGAGAUAAUAUUGUCAACUUUUCUGGUAAAAUGUUAUCUGGUAGGACUCAGUCAAGUUAAUAGGACUGUGGGAAAGUUUUCUAUAUUUCUUUUCCUUGUAUUCUCAGUUGUUCAAUUUGGUCUCAUAGCAAUUAGUGUAAAUGCCAAGUGAAAUUAAAGUGUACAUUUGUAAACUAAUUUCAAAACCCUAUUUAAGUAAACCCUAUUUACUUAAGCCAAUAGGUUUAUUUGUGUGUAACUACGGUAGUAUGAAAUUGACAGUAGAGUCAAGUAGACUACAGUAUUCGGAUCCAUGUCCUCAAUUUUCCUUUUUUUUUUUUGGUUGCUCCAAUGUAGGUGAGUAGAGAGAAGAAAGAUCAACCCAUCAUGGCUGUUCCCAUAGCCAUUCUUGAUUGUGAUCUCUUGCUAUAUGGUCGUGGGCAUCGAACACUUGAUCGUUUCAAACUGGAGGAUGUCACUGAUGAAUAUCUGGUGUCUAUGUAUGGCUUCCCACGUCACUUCAUUUACUAUCUGGUGGAUCUUCUGGGUGCCAGCCUUUCUCGUCCUACACAACGAUCAAGGGCCAUUAGCCCAGAGACCCAAAUUCUUGCUGCAUUAGGUUUUUACACUUCUGGUUCCUUCCAGACUCGCAUGGGAGAUGCCAUUGGCAUCAGCCAGGCCUCUAUGAGCCGUUGUGUUGCCAAUGUUACUGAGGCCCUGGUGGAGAGGGCAUCUCAGUUCAUUCAUUUCCCAGAUGAUGAAGUGUCGGUGCAGCAUCUGAAAGAUGACUUUUACAGGCUGGCAGGUAUGCCAGGGGUACUAGGACUGGUUGAUUGCAACCAUGUAGCAAUAAAGGCACCCAGUGCUGAGGACUUAUCAUAUGUGAAUAGAAAGGGCCUUCAUUCUUUAAACUGCCUGAUGGUUUGUGAUGCCAGAGGAAUGCUACUGAGUGCGGAAACACACUGGCCAGGCAGUUUGCAGGACUGUGCUGUGCUGCAGCAGUCAGCCCUCAGGAACCAGUUUGAAGCCGGCAUGCACAAAGAUGGCUGGCUACUUGGUGAUAGUUCAUUCUUUCUUCGCACUUGGCUAAUGACCCCUCUGCAUAUUCCUGAAACACCUGCAGAGUGCCGGUAUAACAUGGCACAUUCAGCCACUCACAAUGUCAUUGAACGUACACUCAGGACAAUUCGGUCCCACUUCCGUUGUCUGGAUGGGUCAAAGGGCACAUUGCAGUAUUCUCCUGAGAAGGCCAGCCACAUCAUUCUGGCUUGCUGCGUGCUUCAUAACAUUUCUCUAGAGCAUGGACUGGAUGUGUGGUCUUCCCAAUCGAUGGGACAGAUGGAACAGCCAGAGGAAGAAUAUGAACAUAUGGAAUCACUUGACUCUGAAGCUGAUCGAGUUCGUCAGGAAUUAUUACUCACUCAUUUUAGCUAACAUUACAAGACAUACUAAGUUGGACAUAUUAAAAGACAUGCAAACAAUUAUGAUAGAUCCUGAUUUUCCUCUUACAUUCAGCAAGAGAAAUAAAUGGGAAUGCAACUAUUGGAAUUGUAAUUUUGUGUUUGGAUAGUAUUUUGCAUUUAAUAUACUGUUUUGGUUUCAUUGUGCACAUUGCAUCUGAUUCCGUCAGUACUCAGUAUUUCAGUACCUGCUACUUUUUAGUGUCCAGCCUUAUUGGAGGACCAUUUAUCAAGGACAAUAUGAUAUGGGAGGAAUGCAUAUUCAGUUUAAUAUUGUAUUUUUAAGUAUUUAAAAAUGUAAUAAAAUGUAU